AGUGUGUGUAUGGGUGUGAGUACGGAGCUCAGCAGUAGAGGCAGUAGCCGGACUGAGUAUGGCGGUCGCUUCUAGCGCGGUACAGGAGGAGCGGGCUGGGCGGACAGCGCUGCCCGGAGCCGCAGCCUUUAACCCGGGCAGCCCGCCGGUCAUAGAGGGCUUCACCCCGCUGCCCCGGCAGAAAGAGGAGAGCUUUAAGGAGAAGUUUCUCCGCAAAACCAAGGAGAACCCGUUCGUCCCUAUCGGUUGUUUGGGGACGGCAGGAGCUCUGACGUACGGCCUUCGGGCCUUUAAACACGGCAAAACCCACCAGUCUCAGAUGCUCAUGCGGACGCGUAUCUUCGCCCAGGGGUUCACCGUCAUUGCCAUUAUAGUGGGCGUGGCAGCUACAGCACUGAAAUCCAAACAGUGAGAGACGAGAAGCACCACAACCAGCCACAACUCCCUAUUAAAGAGCCUUACCUGAUCCAGACUGGUUUUAGAUUUAAUGUUGAUGUUUUGUUCUGUUGAAGCAUUUAGAGAUCUGUUUAGAGAGAAUCGGACCCCGUGUGCUACUCUAGGACUGGAAUUGAAGGUGUCUCAUCCAAUGGGACAUCUUGAGGAACGUCUCUGUGGACACAGUAAAAAGGUGUGAAGACAUCCUUCCUUUAUUUCCUACUGACAGUAGGAUUUUUUUUUAUUUUCCUCUUCCUUUACAUAUAUUUGUACCUCUGAGUCAAAGAGUUAAUGUAUAUUAAAGAGAUUUAAGGCCUAA